AUGCAAGGAGUUGUUGUGGAAGUGACAUGUGAAGUAGGAAGUAAAACCAUUAAAGCGCAUUAUGGUACAACAAAGAUCAAUGGAAAGUACAGUAUGACUGUGAAGGAUUUUGAUUAUGUCAAAUAUGGAUCCGCAGAGUGCAAUGCUAAGCUCCAUGCUCCUCUUAAGGAUUCACCCUGCAACAUCCCUACCUUGUUGAAUGAUGGAACUCACUUGUUUUUCAAGUCCGAGGACAAGUAUGAAGUUGUUGUCAAGGCUAAGCCAUUUGCUUAUGUUUCAAAGAAGCCAUAUGAAGAGUGUGAAAAACACAGUCACCACCACAAUCACAAACCUUCACCUACUCCAUAUUAUAACAAGUCACCACCUCCUCCACCAUCACCUACUUACGUAUAUAAGUCUCCUCCUCCACCUGCAUAUUAUUACAAGUCACCUCCUCCACCAUCUCCAACAUAUGUGUAUAAGUCUCCACCUCCACCAGCAUAUUAUUACAAAUCUCCACCUCCACCAUCACCUACUUAUGUCUACAAGUCUCCACACCUCCUCCUCCACACCAUACUACUACAAAUCUCUGAUGAAAGUGUAACUACUAUCUUAUGAUAUGUUGUAUAGAGUAAGAUUGACAACAUACAUAUCUCCAAAGAAACUAUCCAAUUUUGUUCUGAAAUUUCAGGGAAGAUUCAGUCACAUAUUCUCGGCUAGAGCAAUACCUUGCUAGUGGAUAUCUUAUGAGGAAGGAGUUACUGCGUCAUUCUUCCCUUCCAUUUGAUCAUUUUGAAAGUGAUCAAUUCAAUGAGGAAGUUUAUCAAGUUGAAAUCACUAAAGUCAUUGUCACUCUGAGUUCUAGCAUUAAGUUGAUACAUAUAUUUU